GCGGCAAAUUGACUGCCAUCGCCACACAACUCGUUCUUUCAGCUCUACCUGGCAACAAUCAGUUUUUAAAGCUGUUCACCUGCUAUGGUUCUCUGGACGGCCAUCGCUCUGGCCGGUGUGGCUUACAUUGUAUAUAAAUUGUUCUUUUCCGCAAAAAAUGGAAAACCGGAGAUUCUAAAGAAGGACUGGAAGAAGGACACCGUUUACUUAUAUCAGUUUCCUCGCGCGAAGGCUCUGCCAAAUCUGUCACCUUUCUGUUUGAAGAUUGAAACGUUCCUCAGGGCCAACAAAAUUCCUUAUGAAGUAUGUCCAUUACUCAUGGGUAGAUCGCAGUACGGCCUGCUACCAUUUGUGGAGCUGAAUGGUGAACACAUUGCGGACUCCCAAAUCAUCAUGGAUCGCCUUCAAAAGCACUUCAACGUCAAGCAACUGGACAAUCCAAAAGAUCGAGCCAUAGCCCGGGCGAUUGAUCGGAUGAUGGAUAGUCACACAUUCCUCUUACAGUACCAAUAUAAAUUGAUUGACAACGACAACAGUCUCGUUGAAAUUGCGUUCCGUGAUGGUGGAUUUCCAGAAGCAAUAUUGCCUAUUAUCGUGCCUCCGAUGGCAUAUAUGAUGAGGAGAAAGGCUUCCCAAAAAGUUGCUGGUAGUAUCGGAAAGCUUUCCGAUGACAAUUACAAAGACCUUCUUAGAAAAGAUUACGAUGCAUAUCAAACCUUACUGGGUCAACAGAAGUUCAUGUUCGGAGACGAGAUUUCUGCGGCUGACUGCACACUUUUUGGACAGCUCGCAACAACGAUUUAUCUCCCUAUCAAUAAUUACGCAAAGGAGGUGCUGAAAGAAGAGUAUCCAAAGCUGGUACAGUACUGUGACCGAAUCAGAGAUACUGUUUUUGGAAAGGAUUUCACAUCUGAAUAAUAGCUUGUUAAUCGACCUAUAUAUUGACAAUACUUUUGCAAGUCUAAUGAAUCUGAAGAUGAGUAUGUCUCUACCUCAAUAAAUCCUCUACUUUCUCCUUUUCUUUAUUUUAAGGGUCAUUACUAUUUUAGGGGUCUUGCCUAAAGUACUGUAGAGAAAAUAACAUUAUGUGAGCAAUAAAAUGGCACUUGCUAGAGAAUUAUGAACAUGGAAAGUCCGGGAAUCUGAGACGCCUUCUUGACGCAAACACCUUUACAGAAGUGAAAUCUUAUUCUAAGCUUCUUUCUAGGUUCUCUUAAUCCUUAUUUUUCAAUUGCUCCUUCUAAGAACACCCUGAAAAGAUUGUGAAUAUUUUUUAUUGCUGUCAUAAUGGAAAUUAUAAAUAGUAAAAAAGAUGAUGCAAAAUAUUCCUGCAAAGCACAUAUGUUCCGUUCACUUGUAUUUGAAUAAACU